AUGAGUCAUCUUCCAGGAGUAUUGUUCUUCUGGAAAGAUCUGGAAAGACCAAUUGAUAUGAUACUUCUCCAGUCAGAUCAGUCCAAGAGUUUUGAGGCUUGGGAAUCUGGCAUGGCAAAGACUAUUAAGAACUACUGGAAUGCAACAAUAUUUUGUUUCAUUGAAGACAAAGACAGUGAAGAUAAUAAUGUAAACCAGUCUAUAAUUCAGCAACAUCCGGAAGAAAAGUUUUUAGCAGAGAGUUUACAAGAAGCUCUGGACAAAAUUUCUGGAUUAGAUCUUGUGUGCAUUGAAGAUUGCCUAACCAAUGAGUCUGAUUCACUUUAUGUGAGACAAUGCACUCAUAGAGUUAUCAAUGACAAUGAGAUCACAAACAUUUUUAAGUGUGUAUGCAGACUUUUGAAUAUCUUAAAAGAUGAAAAUGUUGACAGAAACUUUAUCAAUACUGUCAAAGACUAUUGA